AAAACCCUAACCUCUGUCGCUUCUUGGCUCAUUUGAAUUCGGGUUCAGGCACAAGAUUCGAAUUGGCUUCACUAUGGCGAAUCUUCCAAUCCUCCAAUUCGAAGAAAAAAUCGUGGAAACAGUGGAGCAGAACCCAGUGGUGGUGAUCAUAGGAGAGACCGGUUCGGGAAAGAGCACUCAGCUCUCUCAGAUUCUUCACAGAAGAGGUUUCACAAAAUCUGGAAUCAUCGCCGUCACUCAGCCCCGUCGUGUCGCUGCUGUCUCCGUCGCAAGACGUGUUGCACAAGAGCUUAGCGUUCAGCUUGGGGAGGAAGUGGGCUAUGCAAUUCGGUUUGAAGAUAGAACUUCAGAGAAAACAUAUAUUAAAUACCUUACUGAUGGAGUUCUUCUCCGUGAAAGUCUUUCUAAUCCUGAGCUCAAUCAGUACUCUGUUAUAGUAUUAGAUGAAGCUCAUGAAAGGAGUCUAAACACGGAUAUAUUGCUGGGACUAAUGAAGCGAUUGAUUAAAAUGCGUUCAUCCAAUCUGAAGGUCUUGGUUACUUCAGCUACUCUUGAUGGUGAGAAAGUAUCAAGAUUCUUCUCCAACUGCCCUGUACUCAAUGUCCCAGGGAAGUUAUUUCCUGUGGAAAUAUUUUACAGCACAGAGAGUCCCAAAAGUUAUAUUGAAUCUGCUUUAAAAACAGCCAUUGAUAUACAUGUUAGGGAACCAGGCGGUGAUGUCUUAAUAUUCAUGACGGGGCAGGAUGAUAUAGAGAAGCUGGUCAAGAAGUUGGAGGAGAGAGUUCAAAGCUUGGAGGAAGGGUCUUGCAUGGAUGCUAUAAUCCUUCCUCUCCAUGGAUCUUUGCCGCCAGAACUGCAGGUCCGAGUAUUCAGCCCUCCACCUCCAAAUUGCAGGAGAUUUAUUGUUGCUACAAACAUUGCCGAGACUUCUUUGACUGUUGAUGGUGUUGUGUAUGUGAUUGAUUCUGGUUAUGUGAAGCAACGAUUAUACAACCCAUCAACUGGCAUGCAUUCCCUUGAUGUUAUUCAAAUAAGCAGGGUCCAAGCUAAUCAGCGUGCAGGACGAGCUGGAAGGACAUGUCCAGGGAAGUGCUACCGUUUGUACCCGUCAGUGGCUUACCGUGAAGAAUUCGUGGAUGCAACAAUACCUGAAAUACAGCGAACUUCUCUUGCUGGCAGUGUUCUUUAUUUGAAAUCUCUGGACCUUCCAGAUAUUGAUAUUCUCAAAUUUGAUUUCCUCGACCCUCCUUCCUUUGAGUCAUUAGAAGAUGCUCUCAAGCAACUAUAUCUUAUUGAUGCUAUUGACGAAAAUGGAUCAAUCACAGCUAUCGGACGAACAAUGGCUGAGCUUCCUUUGGAACCUUCACUCUCAAGAACCUUACUGGAAGCAAAUGAGUAUGGUUGCUUAUCCCAGGCUUUGACAGUUGCUGCUAUGCUAUCAGCGGAAACCGCAUUGCUUCCUGGUCGAAGUAAGAGCACUGAGAAGAAGAGGAAGCAUGAACCCUCAGAUCUUCCUGAUGGUUCUGGUUGGGGUGAUCACAUCCAAUUGCUACAGAUCUUUGAGCUUUGGCACCAGACCGAUUAUGAUAUGCAGUGGUGCAAAGAUAACAACUUGCAGGUGCGAGGAAUGAAGUUUGUCAGAGAUGUCCGGAGACAGUUAUCUCAAAUAAUGCAGAAGAUAGCUAAAGGUUCCCUAGAUGUACAAACUAAUGGAAGAUGGAAAGAAAGCCGAGAAGAUUAUAGGAAGUUGAGGAAGGCUUUGUGCGUUGGCUAUGGGAACCAACUUGCUGAGAGAAUGAUUCGUCACAAUGGUUACAGGACUGUUGGUUUCAAGCCCCAACUUGUUCAGGUGCAUCCAUCCUCUGUGCUGAGAACAGAUGAAGACGGAAUGCUCCCAAAUUAUGUUGUCUACCAUGAACUUAUUUCUACUACGCGGCCAUUCAUGCGAAACUUGUGUGAGGUAGAGAUGUCAUGGGUCAUGCCCAUCCGAAAGAGGCUUGAGAAAAUGAACAUCAACAGACUCAGCGGUGGAGGGUCUGGUCAGCCUGAGGAGCAAAUUGAGGGAGAAAAAUCUAGCUUGCCAAAAAAAGAUGAUGUUGUUAGGGCUCCCGAUGACAGUCAGAGUCGGAUACAAGCAGCUCGAGAUCGUUUUCUAGCUCGUAAAGGAAAUAAAUAAUUCUGCCAUGCCGUAUUGGCAAAUGAAUUCAAUCUCUUUUUCAGUCAUUAAGGAAGAAAAAGAAAAUAUAUACAGGACGGCCCUAGGACAAGACCCUAGAAACCAAGCCUGGGCAUACCAUGAGCAACCUCACAGGGGAAAGAUAAAAAAAGGAAGCAGGCACACAGAGGCAAGGCUUAAAAUACAAGCAACAGAGGAAACCAAAACGCGCCCAAGCUGCAAAGGCCCGAAACAAUUGAACAGUUGGGUCCAAUCCCGCCUGCAGAACAAUUGAUCUAGACCCAGAUCAUGGAGCAGCAGGGACACCGAUAUCUGGUCGAUGGAAGAUUUCACUUGAAAACCAGAGCUCCAGCAACACCGACGUCAAUCUAAAGCGAACCGAACCAGAUCAACGAUCUUGCGAACAAGGGAAGAAGGAUCAGCCUGUCUUAUCACAGAAUGAGCUCCUUCCAGAUAGAAUAAACCAUCGCGGCAACAACAAUCCUGCCACUAAUACAAGUGAACGCAAUUCUCUUGGUAAGAAAGGGUUGGGUUGCAAAUUUUUAUGCUCCAAAGAAAGAUAUGGGAGAGGGGAACACUGAGUUCCUGUGGAAUCUAUUUGUUUUGUGUUUGGUUUUCUUGCUUUUAGUGGCUGAAAUGUGUUGCUUUUGUUGAGGACCAAAUGUGUUCUUCUUCUCAGUCUACUAUAUUAUUCAUUCAAAUUGUGUUGAUCA